GGCGUAAUAACUUUCCCUCUGCAAGUUUCUGCCUCUGAUCUGUGAAAGACCGGGAGUCGAGAACAUAACCUUAGAAAAGUUUUAGGCUAGGACAUCUGAAGAAAUGUUGUGAGGAUGUUAUAUUCUGCAACAGUGUGGCAGAUAUUGCUCUAUAACCAUAAACACUAAAGCACAUUUUGGAAUUUUAAAAUCGUGGACACUGAAACACAAUCUUUUAGUAUUUUUUAAUAGUUUUUUUGGUCAUGAAAAUGUUUUCAAAUAAGCACUAUUCGAUGGGGAUUAUGCGUUCCGUGAUGUCUCUACUGUUCUGUGUCCAGGUCGGUCUGGCUUUCUCUGUGGCUGGACAGGAGAACACCUGUGAUGCAAACGGCAGCGUCUACUAUGUAGGAGAAUGGUAUUUUUUAGACUCGGACCAUUGCACGCAGUGUGAAUGCACAACAGAGGGGUCUUCUUGUGCACGGACGGAAUGCACCUCUUUGCCCACGGCUUGCAUCCAUGUCAGCCACUAUCCCACUGAUUGCUGCCCAAGAUGUGAGAAUAUAGGCUGUGAGUACCGGGGAGAGGUGUACGAACUGGGACAAAACUUCCAGCCAAGUGAGUGCGAUCAGUGUACCUGUGACAGUGAUGGCAUCGCCCGCUGCCUAGUGGCAGACUGUGCCCCCCCGCCCUGCGUCAACCCUGUCAACACCAAUGGGAAGUGCUGCCCUGAAUGCCCAGAGGGGCCCAACUGCUAUGUGGAUUUGACCCGCAGCCAGGUGAUCCCAGGGGUGGAACCUGUAUGGGUGGACUCCUGCACAAAGUGUCGCUGUCACGACUCAGGUGACGCUGGCUACUGGGAGGGCAAUCGCUUGGCCACCUGUUCUCGCGUACAUAACUGCACCCCUGAAGAGGCUAGCCAGAAGAACUGAUGAAGUAGUACCAGUCAUUUGCCCCAGUGUAGGGUGAAGCUGCCCCUAGACAGUGAUCUUUGGUCAGCUUUGCAUUUCCUCCCACCAAUGGUUAAGGUUAGGAUUGGGGGACGGUAAGCUGAUCCUAGAUCUGUACCAUGGGGAAACUUCACCCCAGCAUGAUUUCCCCCUGAAGGCUAGGUGGUUAUCAGCAGGACUUGAAGAGGAAGAGACAUACUAACUGACGUACUGUAGCAUGUAGUACCAAUGUGGAUCUAUUUGCGUUCUCUUGUCUAAACCUAAACCUAUUCCAAAUGACUAUCAAUUAAUGAACUUAUGAAGUGGCAGUUCACUCUCAAAUCAAAGUUUGUUCAUGCUUAAAAAGUGGAGUUAACUUAAAAAGUAAAGAGUUAACGUCCCACACAAUCUACUGUCGAUACAUAAAACGUAUGCAUGCAUGACUGUAAGUCGCUUUGGAUAAAAGCGUCUGCUAAAUAUUAUAUAUAUUAUGUUAUAAACUCCAACUAUAAGCCUCCAUCCCAAAUGAAUGGGGAACGAUGGCACUAUCUAUUUUUUGGGAGAUGGAGGCAGAUAGCUGAAUCUACACAACAGAUGGUUUGGGACCAUCUCAUGAUUCUCAUCUUGAUAUUAGACCACUUUUAAGAUCUGAAAACACAUCUGAUUAACUUUUGAACAUUCCUUGCCGAAAACAUUUCCUAAUGUAGUUGAAGGAGGGGGCAGUUUGACCCAACUGCCUCCUUAAACUGUAUGUAUACUGUAAACAAGGAUUAAGCCAGUAAAGUAGUGAAUGCAUAUUUCUAAGCUAGUUGGACUGUUUCGAUGUAAUGUAGAUUAUAGAGACUAUCCUACAUUUUGAGAUGUUACACUUAUUGGAAGAUUUUAUUAAUUUAGGUAUAACAUCUCCAUUGCAUUUGAAUUUGAUGUGAAUGGAACAUUACAGAUAUGAAAAAAUAGGUUCUGAAAGCUGAAGGCUAGUGUAAGAAACAUUAAGUUGUGUAUGAAUAUUAUAGUUUUGUAAACUAUAAACAACUCACUAUCAGAAUGUCAGAGACCCAUAAUUGUAUAUAACUGUUUAAAUUUUGCCAGAUCCCAGGAAGAGUGCUAAUGGGGAUCCAUAAUAUACUGAACAAACAUAUAAAUGCAACAUAUAA